UUUCGGAUCGCCCUGAUCAACACUUGUCAACCAUGUUAAUCUGAUUGACUUGUGUAGCCUCAUUCAUGACCACCAGUAGUUGACUUUUUCUUACUACCUCUCUUGACUACCAACAGACAAUGAGGAGCAAAGUCGUGAUAUGCCGUCAUUCUUUGGCAACUCGAACAAUCACGUGGAAGGCAUUACCUUACUCUUUUCAUACAGCCUGCAUUUACUGGAUCAUUCUUUCCAUCGGGUGGAAUCAUCAAUUGUUUAAUGGUUUGUCAACAGGAGAAGCCAAAAGAAAGCCCGGAAUAGUGACCACGAGUUGCUCCGGACUUCUGACCAGAGGUAAAGUCAGAGGUCAAGUCGAUGGAAACGGAAAGUGUCCUUCUUCUCUUGAGUGUGUUGACCCCACCGGCGUUACAUCCCGGUGAGUAAGGUAGUUAGCCUAAAUUAGUUACAUAAGUCAG